AGCGCCAGGGGCGUGAGAUGACAAAUUCACGGAAAAGAUUAAACUCUAAACCCUACUAUGUUUAAAUUGAAGUAUGUUUAAAUAUUCUUUAAGCGCAAUGUUUGAGGCCGCUGCCACUAGUAAAAGAAGUUAUUCCGAUCAAUCUAUAAAGGGAUACAUUACCGAGAGAACCUGCUGGUGGAACGAAGUGUGCAAGGAGGAGUUUCAAAGGCUGUUCCGAUGCAAGUGCCCUUCCUGGUCGUACUGCCGAAGCCCUGGCAGAUACUACAACGCCGUUUGCUCGAUGACUGAGACGGGAUACAUAUGGGACCAACCAAACUCCCAAUGGAGAGGCCAAUGAUCAGAUGCCCAAUUUCAAUAUCACAUGAUUAUUCCACCAAUAUUUUUUCUCCACAUUAUAUGUAAUAACGCCUUGGAAAAUGAAACCGCUUAAGUAUUUCCAAAUGUGCCAAGUUCAACGAAUACCUGAGACUGAUCUGAUGAAAUUUAAUCUUCUAUUUUCGUAUUAAGCCUUGAGAUGCCUUGUUUGUCUCCAAAUUAAAUGGAGAUAUGUUUUUUUCGUAUGACCAAUUUUGUUGAAAUUGUUGA